AUGACCCUUUCCUCCAACGUUUCAUUUCGCGAACAUUUCGUCUUUCCAACCAACGCCGACAUUGGAGCUACCCGCCUCGUCCAGGAAGGAAAAGAACCGUGCGCAUAUCUUUGCGGAAACUCUCUGGGUCUCCUCUCGACGCGAUCAGAAUCCCUCGUUCAACAGGAAUUACGCGUAUGGGCCUCGAAAGCUGUGGAGGGUCACUUUGCACAUCCAGAUGGCAGGGACUGGAUGAAUAUCACCGAUCAUGUCAAUCCUCUCUUAGCAGAACUUGUAGGUGCAAAGGAAUCGGAAGUUGCCUGCAUGGGCACGUUAACGGCCAAUCUGCAUCUCAUGAUGAAUACAUUCUAUAAACCGACCUCCAAGCGGUUCAAAAUUCUAUGUGAAGGGAGGGCUUUCCCAUCGGAUCAAUACGCCUUCGCGUCACAAGUGACGUUGCACGGGUUAGACCCUAAAGAUGCUAUCAUCGAACUAUUCCCUCGUGAGGGAGAAUUUACUCUCAGAGAGGAAGAUAUCCUGGACGUUAUCGCAAAGCAGGGACCAUCCAUUGCCCUGGUAAUCUUCAGCGGGGUCCAAUAUUACACGGGCCAGUGGUUCCCCAUGCAGUCCAUAACGAAAGCAGCGAAAGCCCAAGGAAGUAUUUGCGGUUGGGAUCUUGCCCAUGCAAUAGGGAAUAUACCCUUGUCUCUUCAUGACUGGGACGUCGAUUGGGCAGUUUGGUGCACUUACAAGUACCUCAACUCUGGUCCUGGGGGUAUAGCAGGACUUUAUGUACAUGAGAAGUGGGAUGAUCGAGAGCUACCAAAGUACGCAGGCUGGUGGGGUCACGAUCCAUCCACCCGUUUCCAAAUGCCACCAGCUUUCUCUCCGAUCCGGGGUGCGCAAGGAUACCAGCAAUCCAAUCCAUCCGUUCUCUGCACCGCCUCACUUUUAGGAUCCCUCCAACUGUUCAAAGAGGCUGGCAUGAUGGAUACCCUGCGUGCCCGGUCCCUCAAAUUGACUGCGCAUCUCGAAGCGCUGCUCGUUCGAUCUCCGUAUUAUGUACCUCCCCACGAGGUAGCUGCGAGCUACCAUCCCCAGGACACACUGUCUGUGACCGCAGAGCUGCCAAGACAUGCAUUCACCAUCAUCACUCCGCAGGACCCAAAUGGCCGCGGCUCCCAGCUUUCUCUCAAAUUUCUGCCUAUUGAGGCACGUGUCAUGCAGAGUGUAUAUGACGGGCUCAAGAGCUUUGGCGUCAUCGGGGACGAGAGGCAACCGGACGUCAUACGACUUGCUCCCAUGGCUCUGUAUAAUACAUUUGAGGACUGUGACUGGGCAGCGCACUGCCUAGAUGAGGUAUUCCGUCUUUUGGAAUAA